AUGAAAAACGAAAAAUCCACAUAUCGUAAAAAAGAAUUCGAAGCAUAUCCCUCUACUAACACUAGAUCAUAUUUUUUUCCGAUCAGUGUAUUGAUUUUCAUUAUUUCCAUAAUAAUCUAUAAAUUUUUAACUUUUGGUCCUUUUGCGCCACUACCAUGUCGAUUAUUAAGAAUAGGGUGUAUUGAUAUAGAAGUGCAAGGAUAUGUAGCACCAGAAUUUAUUGAUGCAAAAAAAGCAUUUAUAAAAAAUUUUGAAACUGGAGGUGAAGUUGGAGCAAGUGUUGCGGCUUACUAUAAUG